UGAUAUAAACUUUUUGUCAUUUAAAAGUCUGUCAGAGGUAAAAACAAAAACAAAAACAAAAAAUCAUAGUAAACCAAAACAAAAUCUAGAAUAAACAAAACGGAGUCGUAAGAGAGAACCGGUUCGAACAAAAACGGCAAAAAAAAAAAAAGGGGAGCAGCAACCUUUUUCCAAUUUUGCGUGAAGCAGCAGUGAAGAAAAAAAGGAAAAAAAGUGAGUGAGAGAAGAAGAUUAGAAACGACGAUAUAUACGGAGAAUCUCAGGAUUUCGAUCCUGUUUUUGUUUUUUCUACUUUUGGUACUCUCCAUGGCGACGGAGCGUCAUCAUUUUGAGCUUGCUAAAGGCAUCAAUGGCCUUGAUAAGAUCGUUCUCCGCGAGUCUCGCGGCCGCUCUGCAGAGGUAUACUUGUAUGGAAGUCAUGUAACUUCUUGGAAGAAUGAGAACGGAGAGGAGUUACUUCACCUCAGUAGCAAGGCCAUAUUCAAGCCCCCGAAACCAAUACGUGGAGGGAUUCCCCUAUGUUUUCCACAAUUCAGUAACUUUGGUACACUCGAAUCACAUGGCUUUGCUAGAAAUAGGAUCUGGGAAGUCGAGGCUAACCCACCUCCGUUGCCAUUAAAUUCUUGUUCUAGUGCUUUUGUUGACCUGAUCCUAAGGCCAACUGAAGACGAUCUGAAAAUCUGGCCUAACAAUUUUGAGUUCAGGCUGAGGAUAGCCUUGGGGACCGAAGGAGAAUUAACUCUGACAUCUCGUAUCAGGAACACCAACUCUGAUGGAAAGCCGUUUACAUUCACAUUUGCUUAUCACACCUAUUUCUCUGUCUCAGACAUCAGUGAAGUACGGGUUGAAGGAUUGGAAACGUUGGAUUAUCUUGACAACUUGAAGGACAGAGAACGUUUUACCGAACAAGGCGAUGCGAUAACUUUUGAAUCCGAAGUUGACAAGAUUUAUCUAAGCACGCCAACAAAGAUUGCUAUUUUGGAUCACGAGAAAAAGAGGACUUUCGUUAUUCGCAAGGACGGGCUUGCUGAUGCUGUGGUGUGGAAUCCUUGGGAUAAGAAAUCAAAGACGAUCUCUGACUUGGGAGAUGAAGACUAUAAGCAUAUGCUUUGUGUGGAAGCUGCGGCUAUCGAGAGACCGAUCACAUUGAAACCCGGUGAAGAAUGGAAAGGAAGACUCGAACUCUCUGCAGUUCCUUCUAGUUACUCCAGUGGACAGCUUGACCCCAAGAAAGUCCUUGAGUGACUCUUUCAAACUCCAAAAACAGCAUCUUUCUCCCCUCUUUAAUUGCAGUACUAUAAAGAAACGAGUGAAGGAGAGCUUAAAGAUCAUCGGAUAUACUAUUUAAAGAAACUGAGAUAUUGAAUAAAAAUUGUUGCUUCUUAGUUCUCUUUUGUAACCACAGACAAUAACGAUUUGCGAACUGCGAACCAAGCAUGCCUGGUCUAGCAUUUGUCUGGUCAGAGUCCAAAAGGAAUUACAACUUAUAAAAUUUGUAGGUUAAACUUAAAAGGCUAACUGCACGGGACAAAAGGUUAAGGGUGGGUUGUUCUUAUUGGUCUAAGAGUAAAACUAAAUGAAAUAAAAUGUU